AUCUAGUUCCAAUCCCAUUCCGAAUAUCGUAUCCCUGUAUCCCCCAGCGAACGACGCCUUCCUAUCGCCUACGAAAUAGCCUCGAAAGACAGAAACAUGACCGCCCAACUCGUGAACGCGAUUACUGUAGCUGUUGCGGCAGCAACCGGCAACGCUAGAGUAUUCGUUGUCAAGAAUAAUUGUCCGUAUACGAUUUGGCCGGCUAUCUACACGGACUCUAGCACGGGACCGCCGCCGAAUCACACCACUGGAUGGGAAGCCCCACCUGGGAGAUCAGUCAGAUUUACAGUUCCGAAUGAUUGGAAGUCCGGUCGAAUCUGGGGCCGAACGGGUUGUUAUUUUGAUAAGGAUCCUGGACCUUCUUCGUGUAUCACUGGCGGGUGUGUCGGGGGUCUGGAGUGUACUCAGCCUGGCACUCCACCGGCAGCUGUCGCCGAAUGGACUCUACAAGGGGAUCGUGAUUUUUACGAUGUUUCUCUCGUAGACGGGUCAAAUGUACCCAUGUCGAUUACGAACGACGUUGGAUGUCCUAUUGCGGACUGUCCGGUCGAUUUGAACGGGGACUGCCCAGCACCUUUAAGAGGACCUUCCGCACCCGAUGGUAACAACGCAGGUUGUACAAGUGCUUGCUUCGCCAAUUUGGAUGGGAAUCCGACGGAUUCUGCAAACUGUUGUAGCGGAACCCAUAAUACAACUGCCACUUGUCCUUCUAGUGGCGUUCAGUUCUAUGAUUACUUCAAAAGCCGCUGUAAUAAUUCCCAUGCAUACGCGUUCGACGAGAAGACAAACACUUGUGAUUCGAGGUUGAAAGCCAGCUACACGUAGUGAUGUGCGGGCUCGGGCUCAGGCCCUAGGCCGGCCCGAGCCGAGCCCUAGGCUUCACAAGCCGAGCCGAGCCCUAGCCAGGGCUUUGCAGGGCCCAAGGCUCGGGCUUGAGGUUUGGAAAGCCCAAGCCUUGGGCCUGAGCCCGGGCUUUUAGUAACCGCUCUUUUACUUCUUUUAUGCAGCUGACAAGUCACUAAAGACUGUAUAAUUCUUUGUACAGACUAAAAAGCUCAAUUUUUUCGAGUCAAAUACACAAUAUCCAACUCCUCAUAACCUUAUUAUCAAUACUUCCUGCCAGGGAAAACCUCCCACAUGUGUUGCUGCUGCCGCACUUGCCAAUGCUUCGGCCUUGAUACAAAUUUUCCUUAGUAAGCCUGGGCUCAGGCCCAAGCCGAGGGCUUAGAGCCCGGAGCUUGGGCUCAGGGCUCGGGCUUGGAUUUUGUUAGGCCCAAGCCCUCCUAAGCCGAGCCCAAGCCCGGGCUUCAGGCCAAGCCCGAGCCCGCACAUCACUAGCUACACGUUAACAUUUUGCCCUUGAGUUAUCCG